AUGCAAAACCUGGGGCGCCUCUCUUUGCUGGGCAAAGGAGCUUCCGUGGAGGAGGUCCUGCAACUGGCCUUGGCAAACCGGCGCCGGAGCUCGGAUCAGCACGUGCCCGGAGCCGUGGUGGUCCUGCACCAGACCGAGGAGCGGUCGCGGCCGGGUGGGCACCGGGCGACUGCUCCCGGAAAUGCUCCAGAUUUUCCAGAGAUGGGAUAUCUGGAGCUCGCGCCAAAGGGCAUUUCACAUCAUAUGGCUCCUGUAUAUCGAGAGGCGCGGCUUGGGGAAUGGACUUUCUCAGAAGCUGCAGACAUGCCAUGUGGCCACCAAGAGAUGGUUCAGGUGCUCUUCAUCAAAAGAUGCGGCACGAAAGCAAAAGGAGCUAAGAUUGCUCAGUGUCAGUGGGCUGAUGAAGUCUUCGAGGACUGGCUGGGGCGGUACGCGGCCUGCGCCGAUGAGAAGGCGUGA